GCUCCGAUCGUGGAUCGUGAGCUCCUCUUUGCUUCUUAUUCGAUUGUAGAACAUUAUCAUUGUUAAUGCAAUCCAUUCUAUUGAUCAUUCAAGUGUUGAGAUCGGCGUUUUAUCGCUGAGUUCGGCAACGCCGAACUAAGAGAGGAAGACCGAGAAGAGGUCACUGAGCUCGGCAGUGACGAGCUAAGAUAGGCCGACCGCGAAGAAGUCACGGAGUUCGGCAGCCGACCGCGAAGAAGUCAUUGAGUUCGGCAGUGACGAGCUACGAUAGGUCGAUCGCGGCGUAAGAUCGUAACAGCAUCUUAGUAGGAUAUCAAAUUCCUUCAAAUUGUUGCUGAGAGAAAAGCCUAAUUUACUACUCCAAAACCCCAUAAAUGAUAGUACUAGAUUUUGGAAAUUGUCGACCCGUUCUGCGAUGUGGGAGUCGGUGAUUAGGUCUCUAGUUCAUGAUUCCAUGAAAAAGGUGAUGCCUUUAGCUCUGGAAGGGAGGAAUUUGGGGGAGGAAUUGGCGAUUACUGUGCUUCUGAGUGGAAAUGGGAGGAAUUUGGACUUAUGUGGAGGUACCUUUGAUGAGGGACGGAUUUCUGAGGUGUUGGAUGUGUAUUUACACGUAGGCGGGUACAUACCGACUGCUUUUGGGUCUAGAGAGAGUGCAAAUCGCUUGGCAGUCGUGGGCCGUGGAAGGGAUUUUGCGAAUGCGAAGUAUGCUGAUUGGGUCAGGCUGAGGAAGAGCUUGGAGAGGUUGAGGCCACCUUCCGUUACUGAGCUUUUGUUAUCAAAUGAUGGUGAACGAAUACUGGAAGGCUGUCUGACGAACUUUUUUGUUAUUAGCUUGAAGGAGAAAGAUGAAGAUGUUAGUCAUGCUGAACAGAGUGAAUUACAAAGCUGGAGCGGUAUAGAAGUUCAGACUGCUCCCUUGACUGACGGUGUUCUUCCUGGAGUUGUGCGACAAGUGAUUAGAGACAUAUGUUUAAGUAAUGGAAUUCCUUUCCGAGAAGUUUCACCAUCAUGGUCGAAGCGCGACUUGUGGUUGGAAGUGUUUGUCACAAAUGGUCUUAGGAUUAUACAGCCUGUGGAGACAAUCCAAGCUCCGUGUGCUUGGGAAUCCGUUGAAUCAAGUAGUUGGAAGGAUAUACAAUGGGUGGAGAAAAGAUUUCAGAACGGCCCUGGGAUGAUCACAUCAAUGUUGCAGAAGGAGAUUUUGGAGAAAGCCAGUGUUGAGUCAUAUCCCGUUGCUUUGUUUUAGGAAGGAUGGACCAUUGUGUGACCUCCACUGAGCCCGUUGAUGAAACAAGCAUUUUGAUGCCAUAAUCCGCGUUCAAGACAAAGUCGUUGUUGUCUAAGGAACAGGUUCUUCAUGACCCUAAAGUAGAAAGUGUUCAUUUGUUUAAAGCUCUCUCUCUUCUACGGGUGAAGAAACUUACUAUGUGAGUUUUGUAGGACAACUUCACAUUUAGGAAAUGCUCACUUUAGUUCCUUUUUAACUGUUGCGUUUCGUUAAUAUGAGUUUGG